AGUAGUUGAUGCACUGGAGACUAUAAGCUACUUGAAUGGAUCUAUCGGCUGCAGCAUUUCGCUGGAUGUGGUGUUUGUUUAUGCGUCUGAGAGAAUAAAACGCGUUUCUCUACUGGUGAGGAGGAGUUGCGAUGGAAGCCAAUGGUAAACUUCCCAUGACAGGCGAUAAAGACACUUUAGGAAAGAGAGAUACUGGUGGAGCUGAAGUGGUUUUAGUGAUUCCAGGCGAAAGAGAAAUUCCGAAGGAGGAGGAGAAUAAAGCUGUUAGAGUUGCUCUAACACAUGCAGGUUCAUACUCCCCUUCAAAGGACUUGGAAGCUUUAGCUCAAAGGCAUGCGAGUGUGGAGUCUCCUCAGAAAGAGGGGAGAGAUUCGAAUGCCGGAUCGUCAGAGCUGGAGACUCUAAAACCCAGAGUGCAAAUGUCCACAUUCAUGAGCUGUCCUUCUCCAGAGAUAUCGAAGUUCACUCAGAGUCCUCGCAAACCUCCCAAAAUCCCCACAGAGGCCACCCUAACUCAACGACAUUCACUGUCGAGGUCUGUUUAUUCCAAGCCGAAAUCUAGGUUUGUUGAUCUUUCUGGUCCCACUGCUUUGAAUAUCAUAGAGGAAACCAACCCGUUUGUGCAGCAGCAUGCUUCUUUCAGAUCGAAUUCCUCUCAUAGGAAUUCACCUAACAGAGUCACGGCCUCUACUCCUAGGGAAAAUAUAAGAACUUCUCCUGUUACCCCCAAGACACCUUUAAUGGCUUCUCCAGGAGGAGAGGAAGAAGAUGAAGAGAUCUACAAAAGUGAAAUCUUAAACUCAAGGAAAAGAUCAUAUAAGAAAUGGAAAAUCAGACUUCUGAUUGAGUGGGCUACUUUGGUUUGCAUUAUGGGAUUCCUUAUCACUAGCUUAACUGUCCACAAAUUGCAGCACACCAUGAUCUGGGGCUUGGAGAUUUGGAAAUGGUGUGUGCUGGUGACAGUAAUUUUGUGUGGUCGAUUGGUUACAGAUUGGUUAAUCCAUUUUCUGGUUUUCUUGAUUGAAAGGAACUUCUUGCUCAAGAAGAAGGUUUUAUAUUUUGUGUAUGGGUUGAAACAGAGUGUCCAGGUCUGCAUUUGGUUGGGUUUAGUUCUUUUCGCGUGGGCUUUGCUGAUCAACCGUGGGGUCAAGCGACCACGCGACACCACAAAGAUUCUGAAUUUUGUCUCCAGGGCUAUUGCUUCAUCUCUAAUCGGUGCUUUUAUAUGGCUGGCAAAGACUCUUCUGCUAAAGAUUGUAGCUUCUUCGUUCCAUGUUAAUGCAUUCUUUGAUAGGAUCCAAGAAUCAAUCUUCCAUCAAUAUGUUCUUCAGACACUUUCUGGACCUCCAUUGAUGGAAUUAGCAGAGACAGUUGGUAGUUCUAGGAGUGGGGGGCAACUGAGUUUCAGGAAUAUAAAGAAAGGAGAGAAGGAACAAGAGGUUAUUGAUGUGGGGAAACUUCAUAAGAUGAAGCAAGAUAUGGUUUCUCCUUCAACCAUGAAGGGAUUGAUUCAUGUGAUAAGGAGUACAGGCCUAUCCACUCUCUCAAAUACACUUGAUGAGAGUUUCGUUGAUGAGGAAGGUGAGCAGAAAGAUAAGGAGAUCACUAAUGAGUGGCAAGCAAAGGCAGCUGCUUAUCAAAUUUUUAGAAACGUUGCCAAGCCUGGUAACAAGUAUAUUGAUGAGGAGGACCUCCGGAGGUUCUUGAAUAAGGAGGAGGUGAGUAAUGUUCUUCCACUGUUUGAAGGAGCCGUGGAGACCGGAAAGAUCAAGAAAUCAGCUCUGCAGAACUGGGUGGUAAAGGUUUACCUUGAACGAAAAUCGUUAGCACAUUCCUUGAAUGAUACAAAAACUGCUGUAAAGCAACUGAACACACUUUUAUCUUUCAUUGUGAUUGUUUUGAUCAUUCUUCUUUGGCUUAUUUUGAUGGGGAUUGCAACAACCAAAGUGCUCGUCUUCAUCUCAUCUCAGCUUUUAGUGGUGGUAUUCAUGUUUGGAAACACUUGUAAGACUGUAUUUGAAGCUAUCAUAUUUGUUUUUGUGAUGCAUCCAUUUGAUGUUGGUGACCGAUGUGUUAUUGAUGGAGUGCAGAUGAUUGUCGAAGAAAUGAACAUUUUAACAACAGUCUUCCUGAGAUAUGACAAUGAGAAGAUAUACUAUCCAAACUCAGUCUUAUCUACGAAACCGAUCAGUAAUUUCUACAGGAGCCCAGAAAUGAGCGACACUGUGGAGUUUUCUGUUGAUGUUUCAACUUCGAUGGAGAGUAUUGGAGCUCUUAAAGCUAGAAUAAAAGCGUACAUAGAGAGCAAGCCUCAAUAUUGGCAUCCUAAGCACAGUGUGGUGGUGAAAGAGAUUGAAAAUGUGAACAAGAUGAAGAUUGCUCUUUAUGUUCUUCACACCAUGAAUCACCAAAACUAUGGAGAGAAGAUUAACCGAAGAUCUGAACUUGUCCUUGAGCUGAAGAAAAUAUUUGAAGAGCUUUCUAUUAAGUAUCAUCUCCUACCUCAGGAAGUUCAUUUUAGCUAUGUUGGCUCAGCAUCAACAGCACCGAUGACCAUUGGAAAGUGAUUGUUUAUUAGAUGAAGAAUCAUUUGGAAACUCAGAGUAUGUCUCCCCUUUCUUCUGUUUUUCCUUUUCUGAGUGUGUAACCUUAGGAGUAGGCAAACCUGAUCAGACCUUGAUACAGAGAAGAAAAAAUGUCAUACUACUAUUGAUAACAUUACAAGGAAGUACUAGAUGAUUAGACACCUCUACAUAACCACAUAAGGAAGAACUAUGCCCCUGUGUGAAGGUUUGGAUCAUAAACAUUGUUAAACAUUUGUUGACUAUGAGCAACUUGAAGCUUUAUGAUGGGUUGGUAAUGGUAAUCAAAGCCAAAUAUUCCCCU